GCACGAGACUCAGAGAGAGAUAUAUAAACAUCGAUGAUCACGCGCAAAGCACGUUAAUACAAGAUCUAGAGAGUAAAUUUUGCGGUUGCGAAGAAGAAGAAGAAGAAGAGAAAAAAUCAAAAUCAAAUCAUAGAUUAGAUCAUGAGAAUGAAAAUUCACUCUUCCGCAUUUCUGAUUCUAUCAACAUGUCUUCUUCUUCUUCUUCUCUCUUUCUCAAUUCCUACCCAUUCCGAAGUCAUCACUUUAACCUCCGACACCUUCUCCGAUAAGAUAAAGGAGAAAGAUACUGUAUGGUUUGUCAAAUUCUGUGUUCCCUGGUGCAAGCAUUGCAAGAAUUUGGGUUCAUUGUGGGAUGAUAUGGGGAAGGCAAUGGAAAAUGCAGAUGAAAUAGAGAUUGGAGAAGUUGAUUGUGUUGGCACAGAUAAAGAUGUUUGUUCUAAAGUUGAUAUUCAUUCAUAUCCUACAUUUAAGAUUUUCUAUGAUGGAGAAGAAGUUGCCAGAUAUCAAGGUAGAAGGAGGGAUGUUGAAGCAUUGAAAGCUUUUGUUUUGGAUGAAGCUGAAAAGGCAGCGGCAAAAGUUCAACUUGACAGUCAUGAAGAAUUAUAGCGAAUGUUGAGUUACUCUCAUGCAGCCAUUAUCUAGACUACGACCAGCUCUUACCGCAAGUGGUGCACAGAUGAGAUUAGUAAAGAUACAUUCUGCUAUGUUUUGAUCAACAUUUUUUUGUUUGACCUUGCUGUUGUGAAUUUAGAACUAAUUCUGCACACUACCAUUUUUGUAUAAUACUCCACAAAAUUUAUAGUGUACUGAGGCUAUCAAUUAUUUAGGAGCCAUGCAUGAAGAAUUGUUCUUUCAUCACUGUUUUUCAAAUGCUCAAAAUAGUGUAUUUUGUGGAA